AUGCUGCAGACUACGGGGGAGGCUGUUGUUGCUGCAGCGGGAGCAGCCGAUGCAGCAGAUGCUGAAUCGCAGCAACACCAGCGCCCCCGAGGUGAAGCAACUGCAACAUUGAAGACACACUCGAACAGUUUGAUCCUUGCUGCUGCUGCUGUCGCUCGGUGCCUGCAGUAUCGCAACAGCAGUGCCCCGCAGGUGCGUUGGGGUGUGCUCGCUCUACUUGCUCGGCUGUAUGACUCAGCUGCACUUUUCUUUUCGCGGUGCAGCGGCCUUCCAGUAGCAGGAAGUGCGACGGGGACCUUAACCACAGAGCAGGUCAGACUGAUAUUGAUGCUGAAACAUCUGACGCUGCUGCAGCACCAGCAGCGGCAGCUGUUGCCCAAAGCGGGCCGCGACUUGUGCCACGUCACACAGCAGCACAGCACAGCUGAAGCGGUGCCGGCGAUUCGCGGAUUGUGCUGCUGCGUUUAA